AUGACUCUCCAAGGAUGGGAGCAAAAGGCCCAGAAGGGCAGAGAUAUUCUGCAGAAGUCUAUUCCAAAGCAAUGGCUUCUCCCUGCGGACAGGUUGCCGCCUGUUUCCCAGAAGAGCGUCGUUAAUUUCCCUAGGGAGAGCGGACUAUUGAGUGAGCGCGAGCUGAACAUUACCGAUAUGUCGGCUACUGCACUUGUGACCGAGAUGGGCAGGGGAGAUAUGACCGCGGAAGAGGUGGUGGUUGCGUUUUUGAAAAGAUCCGUCUUGGGCCAUCAACUGCUUAACUUUGCAACCGAGUUCAUGGCCGACGAGGCAAUUACUCGUGCUAAAGAGCUUGAUGAGCAUUACCGACGUACGGGGAAACUAGUCGGACCACUUCACGGUGUUCCAAUCAGCGUGAAAGAACACUUGGCUUUCAAGAAUCGGACUUGCAAUACCGGUUAUGUUGCUUGGGUUGAUAAGGUCAUGACAGAAGAUGCCCUUCUCAUCCAACUACUCGCCAAAGCCGGUGCAGUUUUCCACGUCCGCACUAAUCAGCCGCAAUCAUUGAUGCACUUGUGCUGCAGUAACAACAUCACGGGCACAACUGUCAACCCACACAACCGCACUCUUACCCCAGGCGGAUCAUCCGGCGGCGAAGGGGCUUCAAUGGGCUUCCGCUGUGCCCCGUUAGGCAUCGGCACUGAUAUCGGUGGAUCAAUUCGCUGUCCAGCGGCAUUCUGCGGUGCCUAUGGUUUCCGCCCCUCGACACUUCGCAAUCCCGGAACGGGAAUCAAAGUCGCUUCAUCUGGCCAGGAGACUAUUCGAGGUGUAGUUGGGCCAAUGGCGAGUCGCUCAGUUGACGAUCUAGAACUUUUCCAACGAGCUGUGUUGGAGCAGGAGCCUUGGGAUGAGGAGACGUCUUUGAUGCCUGUGCCAUGGAAGACGAUUGCUCCCACUCGGGAUAUUACUGUUGCUAUUAUGUGGGAUGACGGAUGGGUUCGGCCGCAUCCGCCUAUCACUCGCGCCCUCAGACACGCCAAAGAGAAGUUGACAGCUGCGGGUGUUAAAGUGGUGGAUUGGGAGCCAUAUAAGCACAGGCACGGCUGGGAAGUCAUUUCUGCAUUAUAUUACCCGGACACGGGCGCCAAACAGCGCGAACUCAUGCGCGAAUCUGGAGAACCAGCACGCCCUCUGACGGAAUGGGCUUUGUCUUAUAGUCGUCCCUCGACUCUCUCCCACGCCGAAACAUGGGAGCUGCAAGAACAGCGAGAAAACUUCAAGGAUGAAUACAACGCUCUUCUUAAGCGCCGUGGUGUCGACUUUAUUCUAUCUCCCACGUAUCCUGCUGCUGCCGCCGUGAUGGGCGAAUCGCAGUAUUGGAAUUACACUGCCAUCUGGAACUUGGCGGACUUGCCCUCUGCUGUGUUCCCAUCUGGUCUGACUGUUGACUCUAAGUUGGAUGUGUUGACCGAACUGGACAAGAAGUAUGCCCCUCGGGAUGAAGUUGACGAGAGGGAGUGGAUGAAGUACCAGGGCCCUGAGCGGUAUGAGGGUGCCCCGGUGGGAUUGCAGAUUGCCGGAAGACAUAACAAGGAUGAGGAGACUUUGAUGGCGGCUAAGGUUGUUGAGGAAAUUAUGAGGGGUGAGAAGAAGGAUUCCAAUUUUAAAGCUGUCGCUUAG